AUGGUCGUGGACGUGGACGUGGUCGUGGACGUGGUCGUGGUCCUGGUCGUGGACGUGGUCGUGGACGUGGACGUGGACGUGGACGUGGACGUGGUCGUGGACGUGGACGUAGACGUGGACGUGGACGUGGACGUCGUCGUGGACGUGGACGUGGUCGUGGACGUGGACGUGGACGUGGACGUGGUCAUGGACGUGGACGUGGUCGUGGACGUGGACGUGGACAUGGAGGACGUGGACGUAGACGUGGACGUGGACGUGGUCGUGGACGUGGACGUGGACGUGGUCGUGGACGUGGACGUGGACGUGGACUUUGACGUGGACUUUUACGUGGACGUGGACGUGGACGUGGUCGUGGACAUGGAGGACUUGGACGUGGACAUGGACGUGGACGUGGACGUCGACCUGGAGGUGGUCGUGGACGUGGACGUGGUCAUGGACGUGGUCGACGUGGUCGUGGACGUGGUCGUGGUCGUGGACGUGGAGGACGUGGUCGUGGACGUGGACGUGGACGUGGACGUGGACGUGGACGUGGUCGUGGUCGUGGACGUGGUCGUAGACGUGGUCGUCCACGACGUGGACGUGGACGUGGACGUGGACAUGGACGUGGUCGUGGACGUGGAGGACUUGGACGUGGACGUGGAUGUGGACGUGGACCUGGACGUGGACGUGGACGUGGACGUGGUCGUGGACGUGGACGUGGUCGUGGAGGACGUGGACGUGGACGUGGACGUGGACGUGGUCUUGGACGUGGACGUGGACGUGGUCGUGGACGUGGACGUGGACGUGGUCGUGGACGUAGACGUGGACGUGGACGUGGACUUGGACGUGGACGUGGACGUGGACGUGGACGUGGUCGUGGACGUGGAGGACUUGGACGUGGACAUGGACCUGGACGUGGACGUGGACGUGGACCUGGAGGUGGUCGUGGACGUGGACGUGGUCGUGGACGUGGACCUGGACGUGGACGUGGACGUGGACCUGGACGUGGACGUGGACGUGGACAUGGACUUGGAUGUGGACGUGGAUGUGGACGUGGUCGUCGUGGACGUGGACGUGGACGUGUUCGUGGACGUGGACGUGUACGUGGACGUGGACGUCGUCGUGGACGUGGUCGUGGACGUGGACAUGGACGUGGUCGUGGACGUGAACGUGGUCGUGGACGUGCACGUGGACGUGGUAGUGGACGUGGACGUGGAGGACGUGGACGUGGAGGACGUGGACGUGGAUGUGGAGGACGUGGACGUAGACGUGGACGUGGACGUAGACGUCGACGUGGACGUGGUCGUGGACAUGGAGGACUUGGACGUGGACGUGGAGGACGUGGAUGUGGAGGAGGUGGACGUGGACGUGGAGGACGUGGACGUGGACGUGGACGUGGACGUAGACGUGCACGUGGACGUGGUCGUGGACAUGGAGGACCUGGACGUGGACGUGGACGUGGACGUGGACGUGGUCGUGGACGUGGACGUGGAGGACGUGGACGUGGACGUGGACGUGGUCGUGGACGUGGACGUGGAUGUGGUCGUGGACGUGGACGUGGACGUGGUCGUGGACGUGGACGUGGUCGUGGACGUGGACGUGGACGUGGACGUCGUCGUGGAUGUGGACGUGAUCGUGGACAUGGACGUGGACGUGGACGUGGACGUGGUCGUGGACGUGGACGUGGUCGUGGACGUGGACGUGGACGUGGUCGUGGACGUGGACGUGGACGUGGUCGUGGACGUGGACGUGGACGUGGUCGUGGACGUGGACGUGGUCGUGGAGGACGUGGACGUGGACGUAAACGUGGACGUGGACGUGGUCGUGGACGUGGAGGACUUGAAGGUGGACGUGGACGUGGACGUGGACGUGGUCGUGGACGUGGACGUGGUCGUGGACGUGGACGUGGACGUGGACUUGGACGUGGACGUGGACGUGGACGUGGACGUGGACGUGGACGUGGACGUGGACGUCGUCGUGGACGUGGACGUGGACGUGGGCGUGUACGUGGACGUGGACUUGGACGUGGACGUGGACGUGGACGUGGACGUGGACUUGGACGUGGACGUGGACGUGGACCUGGACGUGGACGUGGUCGUGGACGUGGACGCGGACCUGGACGUGGACGUGGUCAUGGACGUGGUCGUGGUCGUGGACGUGGAGGACGUGGUCGUGGACGUGGACGUGGAUGUGGACGUGGACCUGGACGUGGACGUGGUCGUGGACGUGGACGUGGAGGUGGACGUGGACCUGGAUGUGGACGUGGUCGUGGACGUGGACGCGGACCUGGACGUGGACGUGGUCGUGGACGUGGUCAUGGUCGUGGACGUGGAGGACGCGGUCGUGGACGUGGACGUGGACGUGGUCGUGGUCGUGGACGUGGUCGUAGACGUGGACGUGGUCGUCCACGACGUGGACGUGGACGUGGACGCGGACAUGGUCAUGGUCGUGGACGUGGAGGACUUGGACGUGGACGUGGAUGUGGACGUGGACCUGGACGUGGACGUGGACGUGGACGUGGUCGUGGACGUGGACGAGGUCGUGGAAAACGUGGACGUGGACGUGGACGUAGACGUGGACGUGGACGUGGACGUAGACGUGGACGUGGUCGUGGACAUGGAGGACUUGGACGUGGACGUGGACGUGGACGUGGUCGUGGACGUGGACGUGGACGUGGAGGACGUGGACGCGGACGUGGUCGUGGACGUGGACGUGGACGUGGUCGUGGACGUGGACGUGGACGUGGACGUGGACUUGGACGUGGACGUGGACGUGGGCGUGGACGUGGUCGUGGACGUGGAGGACUUGGACGUGGACAUGGACGUGGAUGUGGACGUGGACGUGGACCUGGAGGUGGUCGUGGACAUGGACGUGGUCGUGGACGUGGACGUGGACCUGGACGUGGACGUGGACCUGGACGUGGACGUGGACGUGGACCUGGACUUGGACGUGGAUGUGGAUGUGGACGUGGUCGUGGAGUGGACGUGGUCGUAG